AUGGUUACCCACGAGCACGUCCGAAAUAUCUUCGCAGGCCCUAGCAAAGGCGAUAUGGCCAGCUUCUGGCCCCACGUCGAACCCAAUGUCGACUGGACCGUAAAGGGUACCCACUGCAAGGUUUCUGGCCGCUACAGGUCCAUUGAGGAGUUCCAACAGGGAACAAGGGCUUUGUCAUCUACCUGGGCAGGUCCCCUUCAUCUCGUCGUUCAGAACAUCAUCAUCGAGGGCAAUCAAGCUGCAGUGGAGCUCAAGGCCGUUAAUACCGAGACUAAGAGCGGCGAUCCUUUUCCCAAUGAAUAUACCUGGGUACUGGGCUUCAAUGAUAGCGGCAAGAUCGCAACUGUGAGGGCAUACAUGGACACUGACCUUGUUACUCGUGUCAUUGAAAAGAACCCUCAGUAG